CUGUUUGUGCUUUGAACACGGUGAGGACUUCAGCGUGGAACUUGCAUUUGUGGAGCUCCCAGCCGGCAGGCACCAGCUCUGCCUCCCACGGGGGGAGCCCCGGGAACGGGUGGCACUGCUUUAGGGGGGCAGCUCGGGGCAGUGGCCAGGGCAGGGGCAUGGGGUGAUCUCUGGCUGCCGUCCUCUCCCCAGAGCCCCCUUCGCCUCUUCUCUCUCUCUCUCUCGUUUUGCUGGUUUGGGAGCUCGUGCUAACGCCGUGCCAGGAGGGAUCUGGGAGCCAACCAUCCCUCGGCUGCAUCCCUGGCUUCCCACCUGCUCCCAGCCUCGAGGAAGUUCCCCCUCCAGAAGAAAGGCAGGAGGUGGCCCCCGGAGCCCGCCGAGCCCCGGCCUGUGAGGGGUGGGCAGCGGGGAGGCACAGCCAGCUCCCCUUCUGCCUGUCCUGAAGAUUUCGGGAUCACGCCGCAGACCAUGAAUGGAUCCUUUUUCAACCAGACUCUCCUGGAGCAGGGAGCUGACCCCAACAGGACCCAGGGCUUGGGGGUGCUCAUGGCCUGCUGCAACGGGACGGGCGCCGUGCUGGCCACCGACGGCGGCUCCUCGGCGCUGAGCCCCGACGAGAGGAGCCUCUUCAUCACCAGGGUGGUGCAGAUCGCCGUGCUCUGCGUCCUCUCCUUGACUGUGAUGUUCGGCAUUUUCUUUCUGGGCUGCAACUUGCUCAUCAAGUCCGAGAGCAUGAUCAACUUCCUGGUGAAGGACCGAAGACCUUCCAAGGACGUGGGCGCUGCGAUCAUGGGACUUUACUGAGGCUCCUGUAGGCAAGUGAACUGGCUGGACCCCGGAGCUGAGAUGGGUUUGGGGCAGCUGGGGGGAGUGGGGAGGGAGGGAGGGAUCUUUUAAUCUGUCUGUGUCCACGGGGAAAAGCAAACCUGUGCCUCCCAGUUGAUGUGAACAGGAGAUGUUCCCAGAGCUGGGUGAAGCACAGGGAGUGCCCAGCGUCGUGUUGCAUGCAGAAAUGGCUUAAGUUUUGCAUGAAACUUGCAGAAGCAGUGAUAAAAUGUGCAGAUCUGGACUCUUUCCUGCUGUUUCCUUGGAUACUGCUACCUGGGCUCUUUAGGGCUACAUUUAAAAAAAAAAAAAAAAAAAAAAAAGAAAAAGAAAA